AUGAGCCAGCAGUCGCAGACGGGGCGGGCGGCCUCGUUCAACCGCAGCUACAACGGCGGCGUCGACGGGCCGCAGAUAUACUCGGCGUCUUAUUCGGGUGUCGAUGUGUACGAAAUGGAAGUCAACAACGUUGCCGUUAUGCGCCGCCGCCACGACUCCUGGCUGAAUGCCACCCAGAUUCUCAAAGUAGCCGGCGUCGACAAGGGGAAACGCACCAAGAUUCUCGAGAAGGAGAUCCAGAUCGGUGAGCACGAAAAGGUCCAGGGAGGCUACGGCAAAUAUCAGGGCACCUGGAUAAAAUUCGACCGGGGCGUUGAAGUCUGCCGCCAGUACGGCGUGGAGGAGUUGCUGCGGCCGCUGUUGACCUACGACAUGGGCCAGGAUGGAGGCGUUGCAGGCCGCGGCGAUUUCAACACCCCGACAAAGGAGCAAGCCAUGGCCGCGCAGAGGAAGCGCAUGUAUAACGCCGGAGGUGAUGGGAGACCCAAUGGCUUGUCGGGCACUUUUUUCAAGAACAUCUCCAGCACGGCGUCCCAUGCCGUCGCCGCCAUCAGCAAGGCCCGAUUCGGCUCUCCCGGACCUAGAAAUCGCAAUGGGCCAUCAAGAGCUCCCACCUUUCCGGGAUCACCAACGGAGCCCAACGAAUCCUUUGUGUACACGCAAAGUGCGAUUAAUGAACGCGAUGCCAUUGAUGAAGGCAGCGGCCCGUCCCCUCCUCUGCCCUACGAGGUGUCUCCCGACGUAGAGCUAAAACGCAGCAUGCUCAUGGGCUUAUUUAUGGACUCGGCCACGGAGGAGUCAUCACACGAAAUGCUCCAAACCCUUACACCUCUCGAACUUGACAUGCCCAUCGACCCUCAAAGCCACACCGCUCUUCACUGGGCAGCCACGCUAGCACGAAUGCCUCUUUUACGAGCUCUCAUCGCUGUUGGCGCCUCACCCCGCAGAGUAAAUGCAUCUGGAGAGACGGCCCUCAUGCGAGCAUGCCUUGUCACAAAUUCUAUGGAUCAGGGCUCGUUUCCAGAUCUCCUUGAAGUUUUGGGAGGCACCAUUGAGUUCCGUGAUCAUAAAGGACGUACCGUUUUGCAUCACAUUGCAGUCACAAGUGCUGUCAAAGGCCGCAAUGCCGCCAGCAGAUACUAUCUCGAAAGCCUACUUGAAUGGGUGGUGCGGCAAGGGAGCGUUCCCAACAGCCAAGCUACACUGUUGAAUGGAAAUGGCAUCAACGGAUCACAAUCAAUCCCUAAGAUGGGUAUUGCGCGGUUCAUGUCUGAGAUUGUCAAUGCCCAGGAUAGCUCAGGAGAUACAGCGCUCAAUAUCGCAGCCCGGAUCGGAAACAGGAGUAUAAUCUCUCAGCUGCUAGAGGUUGGAGCUGACCCGGAAAUUGCUAACCGUGUCGGACUCCGGCCUCUGGACUUUGGUAUUGGUGGUGAGAAUGCUGAUGGAAAGAUGAACGGCGAUGCCACAGCUGAGAAGAAUGGUGCCCCUGGAUCCAGCCAGCGAAGCCGAGAGAGCAGUGACGAGAUUAUCGAAUCCAUUACCCAUCUCCUGAAUGAGACUGGCGCCACCUUCCAGCAAGAAAUGAAAAGCAAGCAAGCCUCAUUAGAUAAUCUACAUUCUACCCUCCGAACGACAUCAGCCCAACUAGGCGAAGCCCGUCGAAGCAUCGAGCAGAUCACAGCCACCCUCAAGAAGCAACAACUGGCCCGCCAAAAGGUCGCCAACCUCACACACGCCCGAGAAGAUGACCAAUUCCGCAUCAUGAACGAACAGUCCAACGCCGCCCAGUCAAAUCCAUCAUCAUCAUGGGAAACCGAACUCGCUGCCAUGCUAGAAGCCGCCGGAGAGGCCUCAGCGUCUGGUGGCGGCGGCUUCGCCAGCGAAGGAAUGCUUCCUUCUGCGACAAUCCUGCGGGCACGCAUCCGCGCCAUCGAGAGCCGCAGGGAAGUUACACGCAAAAUGGUCAUGGCCCUCAAGGGGCGGAGCCGCGACGUCGAAGUCAAGUAUCGGCGUGUCGUUGCACUAUGCACAGGUGUUCCUGAGACUGAGGUGGAUGCCGUUGUAGACGGUCUGCUGAAGGCUGUUGAGAGCGAGAAGGAUGAGCUAGAGAUUGGGAGGGUAAGGAGGUUCCUAGGAGGAGUUGAAGGUGUAGUGCACUAG